AUGGAUCCCAGAUUUAGUGAAAUGCCCCAUCCAGUUAAUGGACUUGAGUUUGAUAGCGAGAAGUCACUUCCUAGCUAUGAGCAAUCCCAAAACAGUGAACGCGAUCUCUUGGAGCUCGAUGUCCUUGACCUGUCUUUCUUGCCAUUAAGCCCAAGCCCUGAUAGUUUUGCUCCAUCUUCGACCUUGAGCUAUGAAUCGGUGUCUCCAGAUGAUCAAGACUCUGAUCCAGUGCUUAAGUUCCUUAACCAAAUUCUGCUUGAAGAGAAUAUGGAUGAGCAGCCCAGCAUGUUUCACGAUCCGCUUGCCCUACAGGCUGCUGAGAAAUCUUUGUAUGAAGUUAUCGGUGAGAAAUACCCAUCUUCACCUUAUCAUAAGGUAAAUUAUGGUUAUCAACCUUUGGGUAACUCUGAUAGCAUGAGCAGGGUCUGCAGUGAGUACACUGGCAGCAGUAAUGCGGGCAGUAGUUCAGUUGAUGCUCAACGGCUUCUCGAUCCAGGCGAACAUAAUUCCUCGGUGGACCAACACGGGCAUCUAGAUGGAUUUUUGCCCAGUUCACUGCUGCAGGUAAAUAAUAGUUCACAAUUGUCGUUGGGUACUGUCAACAGCUCCAAAGACAUAGCCGAUACUCAGUCGAACUCCUUUGAAAACACGACCCUGCUGCAAAACUUUUUCACGGAUAGUGAGUCCAUCUUGCAGUUCAAGAGAGGGAUGGAAGAAGCCAGUAAGUUUUUGCCCUCCAGGAACCCACUGUUCAUAGAUUUGGACAAAUAUGAGUUACCUCAGAAAUCGGAAAACAUAACUCCUCCUACGACAACCAAGUCGGAAAAAGAAGAUGUUGAAGACUUUUCUAAAAAUAAUAACGGCUCAAAGGGAAGGAAACAUCAGUAUCCAGAAGAUGGUGAUUCAGAGGGCUUGGAAAGAAGCAGUAAACAAUCCGUGACUUACAUCGAUGAAAUCGAGCUGUCUGAAAUGUUUGAUCGUGUUCUCUUAUGCACCGAUCCAAACGAACAUUACAGUGGUGAUGUGUCCAGUGGUGGUAGUGCCCACACUCUGAAAAACAUGAGCAAGGAUGAUUCGGUGGACCUCCGAACCCUAUUGAUUAGCUGUGCCCAAUCUGUGGCUAGUGAUGAUCGUGUAACUGCAUAUGAACAAUUAAGGCAGAUCGGGAAGCAUUCUUCCCCCACCGGUGAUGUUUACCAGAGGUUGGCUUACGUGUUUGCCAGUGGUCUUCAGGCACGCCUGGGUGGCACUGGGACCGAGCUUUAUACAUCUCUCACUCGAAGGAACAUUACGGCCGCCCAGAAGCUGGAGGCCUACCAGCUUUAUCUCUCCAUCUGCCCGUUCAAGAAGAUGUCGAUUUUCUUCGCUAACAAGAUGAUUGCCGCUGUAUCAGAAAAGGAAACUACGCUGCACAUCAUAGAUUUCGGCAUUCUCUACGGUUUCCAGUGGCCCGUUCUCAUCCAGCAACUCUCGGAAAGACCCGGUGGGCCCCCAAAACUGCGCAUUACUGGGAUUGAGAUUCCACAGCCCGGUUUCAGGCCAGCUGAGAGAGUGGAAGAGACCGGGGUCCGGCUGGCCAGGUACUGCCAACGUUUUGGUGUGCCGUUUGAGUACCAAGCAGUUGCAUCUAAGAACUGGGAGGCCAUUAGGAUUGAGGAUUUUAAGAUAGUGAGUGGCGAGAUGCUGGCUGUGAACUGUCUCUUUCGAUUUGGUCGGUUGCUUGAUGAGACUGUUGUGGCCAACAGCCCGCGUGAUGAGGUUCUGAGAUUGGUGAGAAAAAUGAAGCCGGCUAUAUUUGUGAAUGCCGUCACCAGUGGAUCGUAUAGUGCGCCCUUCUUCGUGACUCGUUUCAGGGAGGCUCUUUUCCACUAUUCGGCGCUGUUUGAUAUGUUUGAUGCUACUCUACCUCGUGAUCAUCCGCAGAGAAUGGUGUUUGAGCAGGGGUUUUAUGGGCCAGAGGUAAUUAACACAAUUGCUUGCGAGGGAAUGGAGAGGGUAGAAAGACCCGAGACGUACAAACAAUGGCAAUUUCGUCUAAUCAGGGCUGGGUUCAAACCAUUCCCCUUGAAUCCAGAGAUUAUGGAGAAGCUAAAGCAUAAGAAGGCCAUGGCUAGGUACCACAAAGAUUUUCUGUUUGGUGAAGAUGGCCACUGGAUGAUACAGGGAUGGAAAGGCCGGAUUUUAUAUGCUAGCUCCUGUUGGGUCCCUUCGUAG